UCUGGGGCGACCUAACUCCCACCCGAGGGCAAUGGGCUGGGGCAGGGGCGGUGUCGGGAGAAGGCGGGAAGCUGCAGGUCCCGCCCCAGAGGAGACUUCCUGGUCGGCGGAUACCCCGGUGAGCCGCAGCCGCGGCGGCGGGGGACCCCGGCGCCAUGGCGGGCACGCGGGACGCCAUCCUGGAGGCGCUGGAGGAGCUGACCGCUGAUGAGCUCAAGAAGUUCAAGCUGAAGCUGCUCUCCGUGCCCCUGCGCGACGGCUACGGGCGCAUCCCGCGGGGGGCCCUGCUGCCCAUGGACGCCGUGGACCUCGCCGACAAGCUGGUCAGCUACUACCUGGAGGCGUACGCCGCCGAGCUCACCGCCCAGGUGCUGCGCGACAUGGGCAUGCAGGAGACCUCGGAGCAGCUGCAGGCCCGCGGCCGGGCCCGGGGCUCUGGAGCCAUUACAGCAGGGAUCAGUGCCUCUGCUCUCCAGCCGGCAGCCAGAUCAGCCCCGCACUUUAUGGAACGGCACCGGGAAGCCCUCAUUAAGCGGGUCACAGACGUGAACGGCGUGCUGGAUGCUCUGUACGAGAGGGUCCUGACGGAGGAGCAGUACCAGGCAGUGCGGGCAGAGGCCACCAAUCCAGACAAGAUGAGGAAGCUCUUCAGCUUCGCUCCAGCCUGGAACCUGACCUGCAAGGAUCUGUUCCUUCAGGCCUUGAAGGACACCCAGCCCUACUUGGUGGACGACCUGGAAAAGAGCUGAGGCAGCAGCUGGAACUACCAGGGGUUGGACGUGCAGAAUGAGUGAUUUUUUAAAUAAAAAGUCAGCUUGUA